AUGCCGGGAAACCAGAGACCAUCAAUUAAUCUUAUCCUUAAUGAUGAUACACCAGCCAAGCCCACACCGCUCGACGCCGCGAUCGCUGGUUGCGGAGGGUCCUCGGCGAAGAUAGACACAAUGCCGUGGAGACUGCAAUUACAGAAGGACAUGUCGAUUCUUAGCCUCCCCGAAGCCAUUGCGCAAAACGGGCGGCUUCGAGAGGAACUAGCAUUUGAACAGAGGAAGAGCGCGGCCGGCGCGUAUCUCGCGGAUGAGAUUAAAAGGGUGGCGGAGUCACUCCGGCAGGCCUUAGUUGAUUUCCAUAACUUGGCCGCAGCUUUGGAUAAUUGGAACAAUGGGAGUAAGUGAAGAAGAAUAAAAGAAAAUCUACAUGAGGCUAUUUAUAUCUAAG